AUGGGUAUAAUACGAAGCAGCUUCUCCUUCAUUCUCGGGACUGCUUGUGGCAUCUACGUUGCUCAGAACUACAACGUUCCCAACAUUAAGAAGCUCACCAACACUGCCCUUUUCAUGGCCAAGCACGUCGAAGAGAAGUAUCGGAAGCCCAAGAAGCGGGACGACAACGACGACCUUUAGCCGCUGGACGGCAUCGGUUGGUUGCCGGGUCCAGAGCAGUGGGUGAAGAAGGGAGCUAGCGAAAGUGCAGGUGGCGCAACUCAAGCAAAGGACAUAUGGCGAGGGGCAGGGAAGAUAUAAAGUAUGGAACGGCGCAGGCGAAGUUGUCGGAAGACGAAGCCCUGAGGAUAAGGUUCAAGGCUGGAACUCCGCUUGAAGGUGGGAAGAUCGCCGAUGCCGAGCCCCUCGAUCUCUUCUCCAGUGCUCACAGCGUUACUCCCCCGAGCCAACCCGCGGAUCGUGGAAAUCACUCUGCACCAACUCCGCCGGAGCUACACCUCCCACUGGUUUAGUUUGAAGUCCGCUGAAGCUAGCUAGAGCGAGGAGCUUCUUUUGCUUGCUUCCUUGAUCUCGUGGUUUCUUUCACUGUUCUUUUAAUUUUUGGUUCUUAAUAAGGGAUGAGGGUUUUGGGCUGUAAAUUGUUCUGGUUACUUGCGUGCUUGAAAUAUGAAUAUCUGAUCUAGUUUCUCAAUGAAUUAAAUUAAAUUAUCUGAUAGAAAA